GCGCGCGUUGUGCGUCGUUUCCGCGGCGCACGCAACGUACAGGUUGCGCAUCACUUCGUACGAGCGCCGUACAACUGGCCCAGAGCGGUCGGGCAGCUUUCGGAGGCCCAACAGUUGACUGCAGACAAGCAUAUCAAAAUGGGCGUCGGCACGCGCAAGCCCUGGGAGAAGUUCGACAUUAACUACGAACGCUUCGAGGCCGUCGACGAAGAUGAAGCGGAGCCGUCGGGCGGCGAGGCGGCUUUAAGCUGGCACCAGACGGCGGCCGCGGCCUACGUCAGCGUAAAGCUGCCGGCGCCGGCGAAGAUGAAUGACAUAGAGGUGGGCUUCGAGGCGACGAAACUUACUGUAAGAGCGAACGGCGCGACCGUGGCGCUCCAGCACCCUUCUACGAAAAGUGAGGGCGGCGCCUGGACGCUCGAGGGCGCCGACCGCAUCAAUAUUAAGCUGGAUAAGCGUGAUGAAGGGCCCUGGGACGACGACACCUUCGGCGCCGUGGCGAAGCUCCCUGCCCCGUCGAAGCAGGCGCAAAAGCUCGAGCAGGUGGCGACAUCGCUCGCGCAGAUCGCGUGCACGGGAUGUGGCGUACUCACAAAGCCGCGAUGUCGGGUGGUCUGCGUGUGCAGCGAGGUGGUGUUCUGCUCGGAAAAGUGCUCCCGGGAGUGCAAGCUCCACGUAGAUUGCUAUGGCCCUACUUUCAAGAAGGACGACAAGGACGAAAAGGAGGCCGGCCGCGCGGCGAUGGAGCUCGCGGCGCACCCGCGGGCGCCGCGCAUGCCGUCGUGUACUGACUACGCGCGGGCCGAGCCGAAUUUGUUAAGGCGGCACGUCUUCGACAAGCUCAAGGCGGGCGCGCCGGGCGGGCCGCGCUGGCGCCUCGCGAAUGAUUUGGAGGAGCUCGAGGCCUGCGCCAAGGCGGGGAACACCGCCGCGGCCUUCCGCGCGGCGACGGUUUUGCUCCAGACGCAGUCGCAGUCUACAAACGAGACGCGGGCGCUCGAGUACCUCCGCCAGGCCGCGGACGGCGGCUGCGCGCCGGCCAUGGCUCCCUUGGGUUUGAGACUGUGCGCCAAGGCCGAGACGUUGAGGGAGGGCGAGGCCUGGCUCUGGCGCGGCGCGCGCCUGGGCUGCGGCGUCGCGCGGCGCGCGCUCCACGACCGCUGCGCGCUGACGAAGGACUGCCGGCGCCUGCACGACGUGGCCUGCGAGACGUUGCGACGGUGCCCGGAGCCGGACCCGACGGCGGAGGGCAUGCGCACGGCCGUCGUCGACGCGCCGGACCUGGGCUCCCUGAUCCUCGCGCUGCGAGGCUGCCUGCCACAAACGUUGGAACUCACGGCGCUCGUCGGCAAGAAGAAGUGCCGCGCCGCCUGCGCCGGCGCCGUCGAGGCGUUAUCGGCGCUCCACGACCGCGCCGCGGCGGACGCGAAAGUCCGAUUGGUCGUCGCCUACGGCCGCGCGCGCACGGAGGCGGAAGAGUUGAAGGCCGACAAAAACACGCAGAAGCGUUCGACGAGGAACCGCGCCUUCCUGCGGCCCGUGGUCCGCCCCGGCUUCGCCGACGCCUUCGCUUUUCCAAAAGAGGCCAGGCAGGCCGCGAGGGACAACGCCUACAAGAAGCAGCCGACGUUCCGCGUCUGCUGCCGCCACGAGCGCAAGACCCCCCAAAGCUUUUGUGAGGCUUGCUUCGACGAUGCGUGCCGCCGGUUGGACGUCGUCGCCCGCCGGGCUUAUGUGUUGAGCGAGAGUGGGGGAGUGGGUGGUAGACACGCGGCCGUCUACGACAACGGCGGCACUUUGAUGGAGGAGCCCUUCGGGGCCUACGGUCUGGGCGACGUCGACACGGCGUUGGCGACGCUCGCGGCCGCCGACGGCGGCACGGAAGGGACGCGGUUCCCCGGCCGGGACGACGCCCAGUUCGAGGGCGCGACGUUCGUCUCGAACCGGGCCUUCCUCUCACCUUUUUUCAUCGCGUCGGACCCGAACCUGCUCUGGCCAACUUUAUAUUAUUACGGGUCGCUCGCGAACGCGCUGUCGCGCGUCGGCGUGGACCCCGCGAAGACGCCGCCGCCGCCGCCCACAUUACUCGCGCCGUCGGUCAAGGACGGCGACGCGUCCAUCCUCGCCUGCGGCCACGACGCCUGCCGCAAGGUCGCGGCUCGCACCGCGAUGAUGCGCUGCUCGCGGUGCAAGGGCCGGGCCUACUGCUCCGCUUCUUGCCAGAAAGCCGACUGGAAGAUCCAUAGGAACGAGUGCGUCGAGUGUAAGAAAUAGGUACUUACU